AUGUGGGGACGAAGUCAAGACAAGACGCCCGAACAACCGAAAGAAUCGCCAAAGGAGGAUGGCGCCAAGACAUUCGACCCGGAAAAGCUCCCGGCACGUGAAAAGCUGCCGAAGGCGCUGCAGAACAUAGUCGACAAGUCGGAUAGGGAAGACAACUUCUUCGAUGAGCUGGUGGACGGGUACGCGCCCGAGUCCACCGAGUCGAACGUCCGUUAUGCCGCAUAUGCAACCCGCAUCCGUACGAUUUUGAUGUCCGCCCACCGUUACGUCGCCUACACCUCUGACAUCGGCGAAUCAUUCCGACCCGUUGCGCAUCCCGCCCUCGUCCGCUCCGCAUAUGGAAUCUCGUGGUUGUACAUCCUCGGCGAUGUCAGCUACGAAGGCUACAAGGCGUACUGGUCCAACCAGCGCAUUCUCAACCCGCACCUGCAGCUAACUGCGCGCCAAGCGAAGAUUACGGGACUGCCGGAUGCCGUAUCGGAUGCUACUGCCCCCAGCAGCGAGGUCGUCCCUGGCGGGAAGAUUGCGCCUUUGGACGACUACAGGACCGUCAUGAUCCAGCGAGGCAUCUUCCAAAGCAUCGCCAGUAUGGGUCUCCCAGCCUUUACCAUCCACAGCGUGGUGAGGUACUCGGGCAGAGCGCUCAAAGACGUCAAGAACACGAAGGUCAGGACCUGGGGCCCCAUCGGCCUUGGCCUGGCCGUCGUGCCGUUUUUGCCAAGUCUCUUUGACGAGCCGGUCGAGAAUGCCGUUGAAUGGAUCUUCCAUAAAGGCUUCGAGACCUACGGAGGUAAGGCGUUUGUCGGCGAUGCACCGGCCACGGGCCGUGAGGAUCUGUUGGCGAAGAGACCGAAGGAGAAGGAACUGUGA